ACCACAAACACACUCUCACACUCUCACACACACACAACACACCAUGCAGACCCUACCCGAAAGUCGAAGCCAGAGCUUCGAAGAACUCUACGGCCCACCCGAGAACUUCCUCGAGAUCGAGGUCCGCAACCCCCUCACGCACGGCACCGGAAGCACACGCGGCACCUACACGACCUACGAAAUCGCCCUCCGCACCAACAUCCCGGCCUUCAAGCUCAAAUCCUCGAGCGUACGGCGGCGCUACUCGGACUUUGAAGCCUUCCGCGACAUCCUCGAGCGCGAGAGCGCGCGCGUCACCAUCCCACCCUUGCCGGGGAAGAUAUUCACGAAUCGGUUUAAUGACGAUGUGAUUGAGCAUCGGCGGGAGGGCCUGCAGCGGUUCUUGCAGAUUGUCGUGGGACAUCCGCUGUUGCAGACGGGGAGUAAGGUGCUGGCGGCGUUUGUGCAGGAUCCGAAUUGGGAUAAACAUGCGUGGUGAGAAGGACGUUCGGGGCAGCUGGACGAUCGGGGGAGAUAAACAUGCAACGACCACGGGAAC